AUGAAUGUGAGCUUAUCAAAGUUAACACAUGACUAUGCGUUUCUAAACUGUGCUUGUGACUGUGCGUUUGCCUCCACCUGCUGCAUUCCCACACCCACACCCACAACCAGAACAAAGCCACACUCGUAUCUGUCGCUGGGACAUUCAUUUCCCAACAUGGCUGGAAGAGUUGUUGUUGUUCUUCUUGGACUCCUGCUCGUCUGUGUGGCCACAGAUACAAAGGAGAAAUUUAGACAUAUGAGAAAGCCUUCGUGUCCCGAGGACGUCAUGGCAUGCCCUUUGAACCUUGCUCCUGUUUGUGGCAGCGAUGGAAACACGUACGCUAAUGAGUGCACCCUGUGUGCACAGAGCUACCGGGUCAAAAUGGAAAUUUUUGUUGCCAAGGAAACGAGCUGCUGAGAUUCUCAGGCUGUGAUGUCAGCGCAUUGGAUCAGAUAAUGAAUUCAACAUGGAUCCUUGAAAUGAGAAAUAAACUGUCCGACAUUCUUGCUUAAUUGCCAUCAAUAAACACGAUUCAGCAUCUG